UUUUUUUUUUUUUUUUUUUUUUCUCUUUUUAUUUUCCGCAUCAUACCAACCACCUCACACUAUCGCAACACCAAUUCCUACUUCUCCCGUGGCAACCGAGUUCCACCGCCUGAAUACCAUUUGCGAACCCACCCUCGCUCGUGUCCCCUUUUCUCCUUGUCACCAAAGACAAAUACUUCUCCCCCCAUAUCUCUAGUGCUCCGAUGGCGCGCACCAGAGACGACGCCAAGGCAGCGGCUGCCGAUGCGGCUGCAGACAUCGCUCGUCAGCCCACCGAAGAUGCUGGCGUGAAGAAGACGCCGGGUCGCGGCCGAGGCCGCCCCAAGAGCGCAAACCCAAAGUCCCCCGCAAAGCCAUACGUGCCCACUGGCCGCCCUCGCGGAAGGCCCAAGGGCAGCUUCAAGUCCAAGGCGGGCGCGGAAAGGGCAAUGAAACCAAAGAAACCAAGCGCGCCGCUGGCACCGGGCCAGACGCGUGGACGUGGCAGGCCGCGCAAGUCAGACGUUGUGCCGGCACAGGAGGACAACCAGGAGCAGACGGCAGAGUCCGAGGCCAAUGCUGAGGCUGAAGCCGGAGAUGAUGCCGCCGAGAACCAGCCAGGUAUCGGUGGUAAGUCCAACCGUCGCCAACACAAAACCACAUAAACUUUCCUCCAAGAAAAGCAAGAGACGGACCAGCUCACGCAAUGCCAAUUUUCCUUUGUAGACGUGACUGGUGGUGCACGCGAUGGGACGCCGCGGCAGUCUCCCGAAUACGAGGUCGGUCCUUCAUCAUCAUUCACAUCACCUGCGUGGUUCUCACGAUUCAAGAACAUUAUUGGCUGAUUGUGGUUUGCAAUGUUGCCUUCUCUGCCACAGGAGGACCAGGUUGAUUAUGACAAUGACGAUGAAUGAGGCUUUUGGGCGCGCGCGAGUCGAGUCGGCUUUUGUUUGGACUGAAACCUGUGGCA